UAUUCACCGACUCCUUCACCUCUACAUAACCCUAGCUCUGGCCACACACCACACGACACAACAACAAUGGCUGCGCUUGAGUUACACAAGCCCGAUGAGAUCGACGAAGAAGAAGACGAAUCUUCCGUGGAAGAGGUUCGUCUCACUGUUUCCAACGAAGAUGAUCCUUCUCUACCCGUGUGGACGUUUCGCAUGUGGUUUCUUGGGCUUCUCUCUUGCGUCCUCCUCUCGUUUCUCAACACUUUCUUCGGCUACAGGACGCAGCCUCUGAUGAUCACCAUGAUCUCCGUUCAAGUGGUCACGUUGCCUUUAGGGAAGCUCAUGGCUCGGAUCUUGCCUGAGACCAAGUACCGGAUCGGGUCCUGGGAGUUCUCGUUUAACCCGGGUCCGUUUAACGUGAAAGAGCACGUGCUGAUCUCCAUGUUUGCUAAUGCUGGUGCUGGUUUCGGAUCUGGUACAGCUUACGCUGUUGGGAUCGUUGAUAUCAUCAUGGCGUUUUACAAAAGGAAGAUCAGUUUCUUGGCUAGUUGGAUUCUUGUUAUCACCACGCAGAUUCUUGGGUAUGGUUGGGCUGGUAUCAUGAGAAAGCUAGUGGUUGAUCCUGCUCAGAUGUGGUGGCCAACUAGUGUUCUUCAAGUCUCUCUGUUUCGUGCACUUCAUGAGAAGGACAAGGCGAGAAUGUCAAGAGGAAAGUUCUUUGUGAUCGCGUUCGUUUGUAGCUUCGCGUGGUACAUUUUCCCAGCUUACUUGUUCUUGACGUUAUCAUCAAUCUCAUGGGUCUGCUGGGCGUUCCCCAAGUCCAUCACAGCUCAGCAAAUAGGCUCCGGGAUGUCAGGACUUGGAGUUGGUUCUUUCGCGCUUGACUGGUCCGUCAUAGCUUCUUACCUUGGAAGCCCACUCGUGACUCCCUUCUUUGCGAUCGUCAACGUCAUCGUAGGUUACGUCCUGAUCAUGUAUAUGGUGAUACCAAUCUCAUACUGGGGCACGAAUGUGUAUGAAGCGCACAAGUUCCCUAUCUUCUCCUCUGAUCUGUUUGAUUCACAAGGGAAGCUUUAUAACAUCUCCACUAUUGUUAAUGACAAGUUUGAGUUGGAUGAAGUGAUGUAUCAACGAGAAGGAAGGGUUUAUCUCAGUACGUUCUUUGCUAUCACAUAUGGGAUUGGUUUCGCAGCAAUCGUUUCUACACUCACUCAUGUUGCUCUCUUCAAUGGAAAGGGAAUAUGGCAACAAGUGAGAGCUUCAGCCAAGGCUAAAGUGGACAUACACACAAGGUUGAUGAAGAAGUACAAGGACAUACCAAGCUGGUGGUUUUAUAGUAUGCUCUGUGUCUCAAUAGCACUAUCUCUCGUUCUAUGCACUGUCAUGAAAGAUGAGAUUCAAAUGCCAUGGUGGGGACUUCUUCUAGCAUCAUUUAUGGCCUUGAUCUUCACCGUACCAGUCAGCAUCAUCACAGCUACAACUAACCAGACUCCAGGUCUAAACAUAAUCACAGAAUAUCUCAUGGGCGUCUUGUUACCAGGGAGACCAAUAGCUAACGUGGUCUUCAAGACUUACGGUUACAUAAGCAUGUCACAAGCCAUUUCGUUCCUCAACGACUUUAAGCUAGGCCAUUACAUGAAGAUACCGCCGAGAUCGAUGUUCUUGGUCCAGUUCAUAGGAACGAUCAUAGCGGGAACGGUGAAUAUAUCAGUGGCGUGGUACUUGCUUACAUCGGUGGACAACAUCUGCCAGAAAGAGCUGCUCCCACCGAACAGUCCAUGGACGUGUCCGAGCGACAGAGUGUUCUUCGACGCGUCGGUGAUUUGGGGAUUAGUGGGACCGAAGAGGAUCUUCGGUCGGCUAGGGAACUACCCUGCGUUGAACUGGUUCUUCUUAGGUGGACUGAUAGGACCAGUACUGGUGUGGCUUCUCCAAAAAGCGUUUCCGACGAGAACGUGGAUCUCGCAGAUCAAUCUCCCUGUUCUUUUGGGCGCGACGGCUGCGAUGCCGCCAGCGACGAGCGUGAACUUCAACUGCUGGAUCAUAGUUGGUGUCGUGUUCAAUUACUUUGUGUUCAAGAACUACAAGAAGUGGUGGCAGAGGUAUAACUACGUGUUGUCUGCGGCUUUGGAUGCGGGGUUGGCGUUCAUGGGAGUGUUGCUGUACUUUAGUUUGACGAUGAAUGGUAUAUCGAUAGGUCACUGGUGGGGUGCGGAAGGUGAGAACUGUCCUCUCGCUUCUUGUCCUACUGCUCCUGGUGUUCAAGUUGAAGGUUGUCCUGUUUUUUAAAAUGGUUUUUAGAUGAUUUUUUCUUUAAAAGAUAUUUGUUUGAUUUGGAUAUUAGAUUUUU